AUGGCUGCUUUCCCGUCUCACUUUCCCGAAGACUUCCAGAAGUUUCUCGUAGCCUCCGCGCCGCCGCUUGUCUAUUACCUCCCGGACUUCAUAACGGAGGAGGAGGAGUCGAUCCUGCUCCGACAGGUUUACCAAGCCCCCAAGACCAAGUGGACGCAGCUCUCCGGCCGCCGCCUGCAGAACUGGGGCGGCCUCCCUCAUCCGAAGGGAAUGAUGGCCGAGAAGAUGCCGGAAUGGCUCCAGACCUACUGCCACAACAUCUCCUCCCUCGGAGCGUUCAGCGGGAAGUGUGCCAACCACGUCCUGGUCAACGAGUACAACCCCGGGGAGGGGAUCAUGCCCCACGAGGACGGCCCGCUGUACCAUCCCACGGUGACCACCAUCUCCCUGGGCUCGCACGCUCUGCUGGACUUCUACGAGCCGCUGGUUCCGGGGGCCGCGGCUCAGAGCCAGGAGAGCCGCUUUGUGCUGUCGCUGCUGCUGAGGCCCCGGAGCCUCCUGAUCCUGCAGCAGGACAUGUACCGCCGCCUGCUGCACGGCAUCCGUGGGCGCCACGACGACACGCUGACGGACACGGUGAAGAACCUGGUGCAAGCCGGAGGGAAACCCGGCGCCAGUCUGAGCCGAGGGACCCGAGUGUCACUCACUGUUCGACACGUGCCCAAAGUGAUGAAGAACAAACUGGUCCUGGGACGAAAGUGA